AUGCAGAAGUGCUUUGGAUUUUUUUGCGUGUCGCUCAUCUUCUGUGCAACUCUCUCAGAGACCAUUGGUUUGGUCAUUGCGGCGAAGGAGAAGCGAGGCUGGACUCUGAACAGUGCUGGCUACUUGUUGGGUCCCCGUCGUAUUGAUCACCUAAUUCAGAUAAAGGAUUCUCCCAGUGCCAGAGGCAGAGAUGAGCUGGUCACUCAAUAUGGAAUAGAUGGACACCGGACAUUAGGAGACAAGCCGGGUCUGGCUGGCAAGAGAGAUAUGGGUCAGGAGGAAGACUUCAGAACAGGUACCCUAAGAAUAGCAGAUGAAGACCUCAUCCACACCAUCAUUGACUUCCUCUCAUACCUCAAACUUAAAGAGACGGGAGCUUUGGACAACCUGCAUUCCUAUGUGACAUCAGAUGAACUGACCAAUCCCUAA